CGGGUUAAAGUUAGCAGUAAAUCGCAGCUGACUGUGACAAAAUGGUAGGGCAUUCUCGGUUAACGAGAGGUGAUCAAAUUGUAUAUAUUGCCGCGUAAGGAACAAUGAACGUUGAUAGCCAUGGUCAAGUACAACAGCCGGCAUUAAAAAGCUCGAAAUCUGUAAAUAUAAUAGAUGAUAGCUUGAUCGGCAGUAAGAAAAUAAAACGAGAAAGACCUGACGUUUACAGUGACAAUGGGGGGCAGCCGCCGAUCGGUGACAGUAGUGGCUCUCAACAGAACAGAAUAUUCAGCUACAACAAUACAUCGUCCUCGUGCGUUAACAAUGGUCCUCAUCAAGCCGGUGAACUCGUCAAAGAUAUUCUCGCCGGGAAAAUGACAAGCAUCGCCCCCAGUCCCGUCGAUAAACAUGAUAAAAUUAAACAAAUGCUAGAAGAUGCCAUCAGUGACGACUCAAAGUGUAGAGUACAAGGAAUUUACUUACAAGUAGAACAAUUGCGGAUAGAAGAAAAGCUCCUGUUGUACUUGAAACUACCGGCUUCGUUGACCAAGUCUGGUGAUAACGUGGAUCCUUUGAGACAGCCUUUAAAUCCUCUAGGAAACCGCUAUGAAAUUCACCAGACCAUAAUGUGGAUAAAAACUCAUCUUGAAGAAGAUCCAGACGUCUCUUUACCUAAGCAAGAAGUUUACGACGAGUACAACAUGUUCUGCAUAAAGAAUUCUAUGAAGCCUCUGUCCACUGCUGACUUUGGAAAAGUGAUGAAACAAGUUUACCCCCGAGUUAGGCCGCGGCGCCUCGGAACACGCGGUAACUCUCGCUACUGUUACGCAGGAAUGAGGAAGAAGAUUAAACUGGAUCCGCCGAUGCUGCCUCCUAUAACCGGAGAACAACCGAUCGACGAGGAAGAUGAGAUCACUGAAGAGAUGCUCGGUGCUGCUUCAACGCUGAUAAGGGAAUGGGCGGAAAGUUUACUUGGCUUGAAGUUCCCUUCGCUCAGUGCUUUAGCUCGGCAUUUGGUGAACAAUCUUUGCGUAGACACACGGUCACUGGCCGCGGUAUGCAUUUUGUGCGCUGCCUCAGAUCCCCAGACUGUAGAUAACAAAGAAGCUCCGUCACCAUCACCAACAAUACUGAGCAGUGAAAAACCGGGAAAACUUAGGGAAGCCCAGUUGCAGCUACAACGCAAAUUGCAGCUCCGUGAGCAUAUAAGGGAGCAAAAACUUCGUAAUCAUGACGCAAUUACGCAGAAUCAGAACAAAGAGAAGACUGUAGAUAUUAAGGGAGGGGGGGGAAAGGGCAGCAAGAAGAAUAAAGCGAGUCAGUCAUUACAAGGUACAGGAGGAGGUCCGUUAGCGGUGCGAACCAUACCAACCAAGUGUAAUUUAUCUGUUGUAACGACGAGUCGGCACAAAAAGGUUCUUAAAUCAACUAGCAACAACUACGCGUGCAACAGCAUCUCCCUGCAAUCUAACUGUGAUAAUAUAGUGGUAAAAACGAGCGAAGUCGCGUCUCGUAACAACGAGACGAAGGCGGUUGUUACUAGUACAGCAAUAUCGUCUAAAGACCCUAAAAUAAGAAAUCCUCGGAAGCGUGCCAAUUUGAACGUAGGUUCUAUGAAAUCUGAAUCAGUUGUAGAAAAACAGCCAAAAUUAUUAAACUCACCGGAUACCGUACAAACGGUAAAUAACAACCCGCUGCCAAGACUUGCGUCGAUUCAGAGGACUGGUGGUAGAAAAUCGGCAGUGUCUGCAAACAGCGUAAAAUUGACAAAAUUCAAAGUGAUACAGGCCACUUUUAAUCAGCCUGAGGAAAACUGUGAUAUCCAAUCUUCUAAUCGGUCUAACAAUUGCGCCAAGCUGAACGGUUGCCAGAAUGUCUCUGAUAUAACCGACGUCUCGACAAUAGCUAACAAACAGCCUCAGCAAUCGCAAGAGAGUUCCAAAACUACGAAUAAAACGAGCAAAACCUGCACCCUUGACUCCGACGCUCUGGACGACUAUUUAAACGGAGGAAAUAACUCUCAAGAGCAGGAAGAAGAGCUUUUACAGUAUUUUCAACAGAGCAGCUCCUCCAGCUCUGACACAGAAGUGAACAGCUUAUCGACAGAUGUCGAUCUUGUAUCAAGAUCCGACAAAGUAUCCCAGUUACGAUUAAUCCUCCAGCAAAAUUUGAAAGUAAACACGACUGGACAUUCAACAGCGGAAGAUCCCAUCACCGUUCUUAGUCCAGGAAUAAACUUGGCAUUGGAAAAGGCUGGCAUCGCGUCCAAACCCAACGCAAUAUUGUCUUCGCUCCUCAACUAUCCGAGCCAAUCGGGUACCAGGCGUCGAGUAAGUUUUGAAACGAACGUGGUGGAGCACUUCCAAGAUCAUAGCAGUCAGGUUUCGACGGUCCCUCAAAGUCCAAACACGCGCCGCAGGAUAUUCAACUUCACCCCAAUUUCCCCUGGUCCUUUAUCCCCGAUCAACGGACGUGCUUCCAAGCCCAACUCCGCCAAUGGAAGUCCCUUUGUCUCUCCUAGAAACACACCCGUUCCUCGUUCACGGAGUAACGUUCAAUCGAAUGUCUCCAGAUCCCGUACCUCCCAGAAACCGUUCUCUAGGUCGAUGUCUUGCAGCACGCCUUACACGAACAGAAACGACAUAUUUGUCGUGCCUACAGAAAUAACAAGGCCCAUAUCAGCUUCUCAGUCACCUCCGAGCGGCGGUAAAUUGAACGACCUGCAAACGCCUGCCAACGCUACAAGCGUCCUUGCCAAAGUGGACGAGCCGCAGAGACCAGCGUCUUCUAGCAUUUUGCCGACCGAUUUUACGUCUCAAAAACAAUUGCUGAUCAAUUAUCCGAGCCAGGAGAACCUGCAAGAAAUAAAGAAUUCGUAUCAGAAAACCACCAAGGCACCCGACCAAGAGAUAAGCGAGCUCUUUCACGACGAAAAGAACUUCACGACGGAGCAAUUGUUUUACAGGUCGCAAUCCGUUCCUCUGAGAAGGAUGGUUAAUCCCACGCUAAUGUCUCCGUUAUCAUCGCAACACUAUCCGAUAUGUUUUCAAAGUCAUAGUUUCAAUCCUUCCACGAGUAGCUCUGUGGCUCCCACUCCUGUUCCCAGUGAAUUCAACGACUUCGGCCCUAUCGGCCAUAUAGAUGGCGGUAGCUUUUUGCUUAAUGAUGCAGAUGGAAACAUCAUGCCGAAUGACGACAACUUUAUAAUAGGCGACAAGGAGAUAAGCACUGAAAAUUUGACAAACAUUUUCAACAUUUUGGAUAGCCAGAGCUCUCAGAGCUUAGAAAUUUUGCCAGAGCAUAAUACCAGUGACGAGCCAAUAGUGUCGAAUAGCCUAAUUUUGAAUAGUUUACCAAGUACACAUUUAAAUCUUAAUGUCGGGGAUAUAUUGGAACCGGAGACAGCUUUGGACUCCCCGGAGUCUUCCACUUUGCAGCGAAUGAUGCAAUCUCGAUCUUAUCCUAACACUCCAUUGCCUAUGGCUCUGUCGUACGCUUCUCCUUACGCUGACGAUGUUACCAGUGGAUCAAAAUCGUACCCUUCAACACCGUUGCAUCCAAUCGAAUUAAAGGAAGUAUACACAGAGUCAAGCGAACCAAUGCUUUCCAGUCUAAAUCUAAAUUCGUUGCAGCUUCAUGGCGAGACGGUGAAUUCUGAUUCUUCAUCAAAUAACGUUUGUCGCAACGUCACAGACCUGUUGGAAAGUAGCUUUCUUGCUGAUAACGAAGGUGAAACUGACAGCCUAGAUCCGUUGGGUAAUUUUGACGGACUGCAAGACGUCGACUCGCUAGCACCGCUCUUCAACGAUGUAUCGGAGACAAACCACUGAAGCGAAUAAAUCCUCAAGUGUUAUUUGAGUAUUAAGUAUAUUUCUUAAUAUUUGCGAUAUGCGUGCGUAUAUUUACAUAAAAAUAGGUGCAAAGAUCUCACGAGUAUAAUGGAAGUACGGAGAUACCGUCAACUCGAAAUAUCAACUAGCAAAUUCAACCAUCGCAUACACACAUAAGCUAGAAUAUAAAAUAUUGGUUCGUUUUUGGAACAUUCCAAGUUCACAAGUAGCAAUAGAAUAGCAUGAUUUAUAAGAUAUUGGACGGAAUCAAUUAUUUGUACAUACAACUAUUAAUUAUAUUCAGUUUACACAUUUCAAGGUUAGAUAAAUAUUUACCUUUAUUUUUUAUUCGCACUUCUGGAAGUGAAAUAAAAUGUUCAGAAAUUUUAGAGCCUGCAGGAUGUUUAGAAAAAGUAAUAUACAUACAUGUUUUAUGUAGAAAUGGCGUCAGAAUUUUGUGUCUUAAUAAGCACUGCCUAAUAUAGAGAUAUACUAAUAAUUGUCGAGAAUAGUUCAUAUUUUAUCCAACUAUGCAUACACGUGUAGGGCACAUACCAUAGCAAUCCGAUACUUUUUACCUUUUAGCCGCAGGUUUGGUACUGCAUACAUAAUAAACAGAACCGAAAAAAUCACACGACAAGAAGAAAAACUGAAAAGAAAAAUAAAUAGCGAAUAGAUAUUUUGUUUCAUUCCGUAGCAUGGAACUAUUCUCAUUUGUCAGAUAGUAGAAAUAGUGUAUAGUAAUAAAAAUGUAAGUGCCGUUGUAACGGAUCGUUUAGCGUGAUUUUCAUAAAUAAUUAAUUAACGUAGUUUGUAUUCAGACGAAAUAUUAACUGCCCGCCAAGUAGUACAAAAGUUAAUGUACUGUAAUUCAAGAGGUUUGCAGGUUUCACAGUGCUCACGCCAGGUAAUUGCAGGGAAUAUAGGGGAAAGCUUUAAGAAAAUAGGGAAGGGGGGGUUAUUAGGGUCCUAAUAUUUUUUCAUAAUAUUGACCAAAUAGAGAAAAAUUGGAUUACACACUAGAGUGUCCAUUAUUUUGGUCGUUUUGGAAUUUUUUCCAUGGCACCCCAAAAAUAUGUUUAUAUUAUAGAAAAAAAAAUCCCCUGUAAGUAUAAAAAUUAUCUGGAUAAUAUAGAACAUGGACCGGGGAGGAGGGGUUAAACUUUGAGUGUAAAAUACAUUGAAAUUUUCAAUUUUUUAAAAUUAUUUUUUUAUUCCAUAAACUAAAAUGGAUCCAGAAAAUCAAUUUAAUGCUUCGGAACAAUGUUUAUAAUUCCAACUAAAUAUAGGAACAAAUUAAUUUGGAAUUUUAUUCCGUAGAUAAGGACACUGAAUUAAACCGGCAAAAUUGUGGAUUUGUGAAAUGUAAGAGUUUUGAAAUGCAAUGUUUUUUUUUUUUUUUUAAGUCAAGUGUAAAUAUUAUUUUAUACUUAUUUAUUAAUACCUUAAACAUCAAAUUGAUUUUUUUUACUCAAUUUUAGCUUAUGUAAAAAAGUAACUAACUGGCAUAAGUUGAGGAGUUUUAAGGUGAAAUUACUGCCUUAGGGUACAUUUAGGGGAAACCUUCAGUUUGAGAGAGCUCAUAAGGGAAGGAAUGAAACCAGGGUACUUUUAAGGAAAUUGGGGACCCACUGUGUAGCCUAGGUUUGACAUCAAAUGUCGAUAGUACCAAUACCCAGUUAUUGCAAUUGUAAAUUGUAGAUAAUAGAAGGUUUUUCUUCUUGUAUCACAACCCUAAAAAAUAUACCAAGUAAUAUUCCAGGGUAUAAAUUUUCAUUUUACUAUAUCUGAUGAAUUGAAUAAACCUUUCGCUUUCAGGGACUAAAGAAUUUUUCAAUCAAUUAUAAUAAUCUCACUUGAAUUAUAAUAUACAAAUCGAGGUUGAAGAGAUCUUUACGUUUCCAUUAUACUCGAAAAUCCUUUAAAACUUGUCUUCAAAAGAUGCAAAGUAUUAAAUUAACAAGGAAUGGUGCUGGAUGUGGUUUUAAAAAUAAAUAUCCACCGCAGAAGAAAGCGUAUCUUUGAGAAAGUGAGAAAUUAUAUGACUAUUGGGAUCAAUUAGGGUUGUUACGAAGAAUAAUUAACGAGUGUAUGUACGUGCGUUUACUUGCAGGCUUUGUUUACAUGGUCGCAAUAGUGGUUUGUAUCAGUCGCAAUAACGUUCAAACGACAACGAUGAUCCAUUUUCUCGACCAAUGUUUGUCCAUGUGGUACUAACAAAUUGUAGAAGUGAAAAUCUUUUACAAAUAAUUGUCAACAUCAGGCAUUAUUAUAUCGUUAUUAUGGUCAUAGAAUGUUGCAUAAAAUAAUUAAAUCGUCAAGGUACAGGAAAUAUAUUUACGACAUGCUUUUGAUAAUGAUAUCUACUCUCUUCAUUAGCAUGAACGGGAGAAAGAAUCGAUAUGAGUUAGUGGAAAAAAAAAACACCAUUUUUGGUAAGAAAUCAGUAUUGCAAUGAUUAUUAAAAGUUCAUUCGUUAUUGUUACUCCUCAUGUUACAUUAUCCUUUGUUAAAAAAAAGUUACUAGUUAGUGGAGAUCAUUAUUGCAAAUGUUACAUCUUUUGAAAUCAAAGUGAAAAGAUUUGAAAGAGGAAUUUAGAGCAGUUCUUUUUUCAACUUGUUUCACGUUGCCUUUGAAUCCCAUAAUAAUGAAGAUUGCAGUGAUCAUUGGCACACAUGUUAAGCACAUGAUCGCUGAACAUAAAAUUUCGCAAAGGCAUCGAUAAUCUGUUUUAGUAAACACCUGUGUGAAACUUGAAAACAAUUAUGUUACAUAUAAUUAUCAAAUCUUGGUUACUGGUUUACUAGAGAGAGUGCAAUUUUCUAGUUUACGUUCUCUUUCUUUCGGUUUGAACACGCUGUUUAUCUCUCUGCACACGCACAUGCGCAUACACAAACACACAAAUACACGAAGUAUCAUGUACCGCGUUACAGCUAAUUCAAGGAUAACUUUAUAGUAUAUUCGUAACUGUGUACAACUGCGUUGUCAAGUAUUUUAUUUUCUCCAGUAAUCUAACCCGCAAAAAUAUAAUUGUUGCGAGAUACGAAUUCCCAUCCAUUACCUAUCAUCGCCGUGAUAAUUUUUAUAACACAACCGCCGAAGAAACGCUUGAUAAAUAUUGUUUUUGCGAAAGAAGAAAUCAGAUAGAUUAAACCAGCAAAGCAGCUACCUUUGCUUGGUUGUUUCUUCCGUUUGAAUGAAUUGGGCUGAGUUGAACGUAUCAAACCGUACUGUGAAACAUACGUUAAUGUUACUAGUGAUAGAAAUAAAAAUUAAAGUUAAAAGGAAAUAAUAAAAACGUAUUGAACCGAGAUAUAUGGCUAACAAGUGAAAAGAUGAUGGAACAAGGUGAACUUUUUGUACGCAUAAAAUGCGAAGGAUGAUGUAUUGAGAUGUUUGGAUU